AUGGUGGGGUUUUGGAUCAGUAGCAUUCCACCGGACGCCUCAACAGAUGAACAGACAUCGCCUACGGAAAUUGAGUCCAUCCUUAAAGAACUCUUCAUCUCCGACGACACGCCUUCCCAGAGCGACACAAUUAUCCCCAGCACUAGUGGUGGUCGUGGUGGUGGAGAUGGCGGUGAGAUCUCUGAAGGUAGAGCGGAACGCGACCAUAACGUGCAGCAGCAGCAGGUGCUUCAGACGCAGGGAGGUUGCGCUAGCGGUGGUGGCGGUGAUGGCGAUGCGGAUGUGGCAGACCAAGGCAACACGACGACUGCCCUAAGUGGAAGCCGUCUUUCGCCUCAGCCUACACCUGGCGCCGGCAACCACCAAUCGCCUGCUUCGCCGCUUUCCUCCUCUUCCUCCUCUUCAAUGGAAGGACCUCGCAAUCGGGUCUUCGAUGACCUUGAGACGCUGUUAGUUGUCCAGAUGUUUAAGGACCUUCUUGUGAAAGGCAAGUGCCCUAGCAUGCGUGAGGUUCGUCGAAGGACGACCAACUCAGUGCUGCUAGACGGCCGCACAGUGAAAAGCAUAUGGAAGGAGGUGAAGCGACUGCUUUUAAGCGGGCGUUGGAUCAAAUAUGCUUACUAG